GUACGCCGAUGUAGUAAGCUCGGUUUUGACGGUUUGCCUCUAUCAUCCGAUGCACGUGUGUGUACGCGUGCCAUACGAAGUCGUCCGCUUUUUGGCGCACAAUCAGGUAAGAGACAAUGCCGUCCGACGCUAAGAAGAAGCAGCAGCAAAAAAAGAAGGAGGCCGCGAAGGCGAGACAAUCCGGCAAGAAACCGCAGAAUCAGACGAAGACGGCCGAAGACGGCAAGGAGCAGAGCCCGACGGGGGAUCUGCAGAAUGGAACCAAUGGCACAGCUAUUAGUACAGAAGAGGCAUUAUGUCUGAAAUUGGAGGCAGACGCCAGACUAAAUGCGGAAGCACGUGCGUGCACCGGAUCAUUGGCUUCGCAUCCGCGCAGCCGAGAUAUAAAGAUAUCUAAUUUUUCUAUUACUUUCCAUGGCUGUGAACUGCUGCAAGACACCAUGUUGGAGUUGAAUUGCGGUAGACGUUACGGUUUAUUAGGUCUAAAUGGUUCUGGGAAGUCCACAUUGUUGGCAGUGCUAGGAAAUCGUGAGGUUGCAAUUCCAGAUCAAAUAGAUAUUUUUCACUUGACUAGAGAGAUGCCUGCGAGCAAUAAAACUGCUCUGGAGUGUGUGAUGGAGGUUGAUGAGGAGCGUGUGCGAUUAGAGAAACUUGCCGACGAAUUAAUCGAUUGCGAAGAAGAAGAUGCUCAGGAACAACUCAUGGAUGUGUAUGAGAGAUUGGAGGACAUGGCUGCCGACACGGCGGAAGCUCGUGCUGCCCAUAUUUUGCAUGGUUUAGGUUUUACUGCAAAAAUGCAAAAAACUCCCACCAAAGACUUCUCAGGAGGUUGGAGAAUGCGCAUAGCUCUCGCUAGAGCACUGUACGUAAAACCACAUUUAUUGUUACUCGACGAGCCAACCAAUCAUCUCGAUUUGGAUGCUUGUGUAUGGUUAGAGGAAGAACUUAAAACUUAUAAACGAAUUCUUGUUAUAAUCUCCCAUUCUCAAGAUUUCCUCAACGGUAUUUGCACCAAUAUUAUUCACGUCAAUAAGAAGCAAUUGAAAUAUUACACCGGUAAUUACGAGGCGUUUGUGAAAACAAGAAUGGAGUUACUCGAAAAUCAGGUGAAACAGUAUAAUUGGGAACAAGAUCAAAUCGCGCAUAUGAAAAAUUACAUCGCGCGAUUCGGUCACGGUUCGGCGAAGUUAGCCAGGCAGGCUCAAUCGAAGGAGAAGACUCUAGCGAAAAUGGUAGCGCAAGGCCUGACGGAGAAGGUCGUCAAUGACAAAGUGCUGAACUUUUAUUUUCCUUCAUGCGGAACCAUUCCGCCGCCGGUUAUCAUGGUGCAGAAUGUCAGUUUUCGCUACAACGAGGAUGCGCCUUGGAUCUAUAAGAAUCUGGAAUUUGGAAUCGAUUUGGAUACUAGAAUCGCGUUGGUUGGACCAAACGGUGCGGGAAAAAGUACGCUGCUCAAGCUGUUGUAUGGUGAUUUGGUGCCGUCAAGCGGUAUGAUUCGCAAAAACAGUCAUCUUCGAAUCGGCAGAUAUCAUCAGCACUUACAUGAGUUGCUGGAUUUGGAUAUGUCGCCUCUCGAUUACAUGAUGAAAGCUUUUCCCGAAGUCAAAGAACGCGAAGAAAUGCGGAAGAUCAUUGGUCGCUAUGGUCUCACUGGGCGUCAACAGGUCUGCCCUAUUCGUCAAUUGUCCGAUGGUCAACGUUGCCGAGUUGUAUUCGCCUGGUUGGCUUGGCAAGUGCCUCAUCUGUUGCUGCUCGACGAACCUACCAAUCACUUGGACAUGGAAACGAUCGACGCGCUCGCUGACGCUAUUAACGACUUCGAUGGCGGCAUGGUACUAGUAUCGCACGACUUCAGAUUGAUUAAUCAAGUUGCCGAAGAAAUCUGGGUGUGCGAGAACGGAGCGGUUACAAAGUGGAGUGGCAACAUUUUGGAUUACAAGGAACACCUGAAAGAUAAAGUUCUGUCCGACAAUCAAAAGAGACAGAAAGACUUUGCGAAUCGAGGCAAAUAAUGGGAGUAUCGUUCCGAUCACAAACCACCACGUUUUUUCUCUUUCUAAUGCACUAUGCCGUCAUUUAUAGGAAUUCUUUUUUGAGAUUUGUAAUAUGCUAAUUAUCACUGAGUGCCGCUUUUUAGCAUAUCAGUGAUUGGUCGGAUUAUUUAAUUUAUUGAUGUAUUAAGCAGAAAUCGAUUCUUCUCUUGACUCGCAAACGGUUGUGACGCGAUUACUCGUCACAGUAGCAAUUUAGAUACUGUUGCAGCAAUGCGACAUUAAAUUCAAAUAAAUCAGCACGGAGCGAAUUAAGAGAUAAGUAUCUUGAGAGGAAAUUGAAAUAUGCGGACGAAGGAAAUAAGUGAUUUCUCUUUUAUGAUCAACUUUAUUACAAAUUUCUCUUAAUCUACAAAAUAAUUUGAUUCUGUCAAGAGUAUAAAAUAUUGUAACGUGUACAAACAUAUGCAGGUACGUUCGAUUACAUAGUUCCAAAAUACAUUUUUAUCUGUGUACGUAUAUAAAUAACUAUGAUAAUAUAACAUGGAAGACGUAUA